GUCUUCACAGCCUCAACUCAGGAUUUCUAGCCUGCCGGGAGCCCUAGUUCAGCACCACGGACAGCGGCACUUCACCAGAUACCACCCAUGGGAAGCCUGAUUCCCUCACCUCAGACCAGGAUUCCAGCAAUCUAGAGAAGGAAUUAUACCCUGAAUCCGUGAACAUCAAUGUUGGAAAAUAGCAACUUUAAAAACAUGCACCGCAGGCACACAACCCUCCGGGAAAAGGGAAGAAGGCAGGCUAUCCGAGGGCCAGCCUAUAUGUUUAAUGAGAAGGGGACUAGUCUCACCAUGGAGGAAGAACGCUUCUUGGAUUCUGCUGAGUAUGGUAACAUUCCAGUGGUCAGGAAGAUGCUUGAGGAGUCCAAAACGCUAAACUUCAACUGUGUUGACUAUAUGGGACAAAAUGCCCUGCAGCUAGCAGUGGGAAAUGAGCACCUAGAAGUCACAGAACUGCUGCUGAAAAAGGAAAACCUGGCCAGAGUUGGUGAUGCCCUCUUGUUGGCCAUCAGCAAAGGCUAUGUGCGGAUUGUUGAGGCAAUACUGAACCACCCAGCCUUUGCCCAGGGCCAGCGACUGACCCUCAGUCCCCUGGAACAGGAGCUACGGGAUGAUGAUUUUUAUGCCUAUGAUGAAGAUGGAACCCGCUUCUCUCAUGACAUCACCCCCAUCAUUCUGGCUGCCCACUGCCAGGAAUAUGAAAUUGUCCACAUCCUCCUCCUUAAAGGGGCCCGUAUAGAAAGGCCACAUGACUAUUUCUGCAAGUGUAACGAAUGUGCCGAAAAGCAGAGAAAAGACUCCUUCAGCCACUCAAGGUCCAGAAUGAAUGCGUAUAAAGGAUUAGCCAGUGCUGCCUACUUAUCUCUGUCCAGUGAAGAUCCUGUCCUCACUGCCUUAGAGCUAAGCAAUGAGUUAGCCAGACUGGCCAACAUUGAGACUGAAUUUAAGAAUGAUUACAGGAAGUUAUCUAUGCAAUGCAAGGAUUUUGUGGUGGGUGUGCUGGACCUCUGCAGGGACACAGAAGAAGUGGAGGCAAUUUUAAAUGGGGACGUGAACAUCCAAGUCUGGGCCGAUCAUCAUCGUCCAAGUCUCAGCCGAAUCAAGCUUGCCAUUAAGUACGAGGUCAAAAAGUUCGUUGCUCACCCUAACUGCCAACAGCAGCUGCUCACCAUGUGGUACGAAAACCUCUCAGGCUUACGACAGCAAUCCAUAGCAGUGAAGUUCCUGGCUGUCUUUGGGAUCUCCAUUGGCCUUCCGUUCCUUGCCAUAGCCUAUUGGAUCGCCCCCUGCAGCAAGUUAGGACGGACCCUGAGGAGCCCUUUCAUGAAGUUUGUGGCCCAUGCAGUCUCUUUCACAAUCUUCCUGGGAUUGUUAGUUCUGAAUGCGUCAGACCGGUUUGAAGGCGUUAAAACCCUCCCCAAUGAGACCACCACGGAUUAUCCAAAACAAAUCUUUAGAGUAAAAACCACCCAGUUCUCAUGGACAGAAAUGCUUAUCAUGAAGUGGGUUUUAGGGAUGAUCUGGUCUGAAUGCAAGGAGAUAUGGGAGGAAGGACCCCGAGAAUAUGUCAUGCACUUGUGGAACCUCCUGGACUUUGGGAUGCUGUCCAUCUUCGUGGCUUCAUUCACAGCAAGGUUCAUGGCUUUUCUUAAAGCCAGUGAAGCCCAGCUGUAUGUGGAUCAGUAUGUACAGGAUGAUAACCUCAACAAUGUUACACUUCCCCCAGAAGUGGCCUACUUUACCUAUGCCAGGAACAAAUGGCGACCCUCUGACCCUCAGAUCAUAUCAGAAGGACUAUAUGCCGUAGCCGUGGUACUGAGCUUCUCCCGCAUUGCUUACAUUCUUCCAGCCAACGAGAGCUUUGGGCCCCUGCAGAUUUCUUUGGGGAGAACAGUGAAGGAUAUCUUCAAGUUCAUGGUCAUUUUCAUCAUGGUGUUUGUUGCCUUCAUGAUUGGAAUGUUCAACCUGUAUUCCUACUACCUUGGUGCAAAACACAACUCAGCAUUUACAACGGUAGAAGAAAGUUUUAAAACAUUAUUCUGGUCAAUAUUUGGCUUAUCUGAAGUGAUCUCGGUGGUGCUGAAGAACAAUCACAAGUUCAUCGAGAAUACUGGCUACGUGCUCUACGGUGUCUACAACGUUACCAUGGUAGUCGUGCUCCUCAAUAUGUUAAUAGCCAUGAUCAACAACUCGUAUCAGGAAAUUGAGGAGGAUGCAGAUGUGGAGUGGAAAUUUGCCCGAGCUAAGCUUUGGUUAUCUUAUUUUGAUGAAGGUCGGACUCUACCUGCUCCUUUUAACCUAGUGCCAAGUCCUAAAUCAUUUUAUUAUCUCAUAAUGAGAAUCAAAAUGUGCCUCAUAAAACUCUGCAAAUCCAAGGCCAAAAGCUGUGAAAAUGACCUUGAGAUGGGCAUGCUGAACUCUAAGCUGAGGAAAUCUCGCUACCAGACCAGCAUGGGGAAUUCUGACAACCUUACUGUGAAGAACACAUUCAGUAAACCCACAAGAUAUCAGAAAAUCAUGAAGCGUCUUAUAAAAAGAUAUGUCCUGAAGGCCCAGGUGGAUAGAGAGAAUGAUGAAGUCAAUGAAGGAGAACUAAAGGAAAUCAAGCAAGACAUCUCCAGCCUCCGAUAUGAGCUUCUUGAAGAGAAGUCACAAGCAACAGGAGAGCUGGCUGGCCUCAUACAGCAGCUCAGUGACAAGUUUGGUAAAAACUUAAACAAGGAUCAUCUGAUGGUGAACAAAGGCAAGGAUGACUAGCCAGACCCACAGCUUCUGUGACAUCAACCAGCAUUCAGAGGGAGUGGCAACAGCAGUGGCUCAAACCAAAUCCUGGCUUUGGCCAUCGAGCUGAUCCAAUUCCCAUGGACCUGUUCCUUGGUGACAAAGCAGGUUUGCCAAUGUCUACAACCAGCUGAGCUGCCUGGACCCGGGAGUUGUGGUGAUUCUAGAAACCCAAAGCAGUUUUUUGUUUUGUUUUGUUUUUUUGUAAAAGAGUGAAACACAAAUUGAAAAAGGAAGAAACAGUCAAGAAAUGUGAGGCCACGGCUCUCAGAUAGCUGAACUAUAAUGUGUUUCCCUAUUGGCAUAUCCCAUGACAUUGUAUCUUCUCCCCUAGAAUGAGGGUAAAACUGGCUGUCUCAGCUUUAUAAACACACCUUCCUCCUUGGGUACCAUGCAUUAACAUUGCUUAAUUACAGGGCAGAUGGAAUAUCUAAAUAUCAUCCUUAGAUAUUCACAAAAACAAAAAUACCAAGCAAAACCGGGAGGUGACCUGUGAUCUAUUCUUAAGUGCCAGAUGAGAACACAGAUAGCCUAAUAGCAAAAUAGUUAUAUUUGUUUAAAAAAAAGUUUUAAAAAAUUCUAAAUCAAAAAUUGUACUGUCAGUAGACCUGUUUAGAGGGA